AUGGAUAAUGAGCAACAGUCAGUAAGUAGUGAUACCGAGUUGGAAAGUGGGACACAAAGUAAUGUUAGUGACGUAGUUCAGGAAGUACAAUGUGAGAAUCUGGGGGCAGAAGGACAAGAAAUGUUGCCAUUGCCACCCAGUGAUUCAGUUGAUAGCGGAAAUACUGUGCCAUCCGCAAGCACUGGACACGGACCAGAGAGUGGUGAGGUGUCAGAAGUGCAAUCAUUAAGAGUUAUGUUCGAGCGCAUGCUCAAUUUCCAAGCUGAAUUUGUACGUGUGCAAGCAGAGCGUGAUAGAGAACGUGAUGCUAAACAAGCAGAACGCGAUAGAGAACGUGAUGCUAAACAAGCAGAACGCGAUAGAGAACGUGAUGCUGAACAAGCAGAGCGUGACCAGAGAUUGGUAGCUGAAUUUGCAUGUAUGCAAGCAGAACGCGAUAGAGAACGUGAUGCUGAACAAGCAGAGCGUGACCAGAGAUUGGUAGCUGAAUUUGCCAAACAAGCAGAGCGCGAUAGAGAACGUGAUGCUAAACAAGCAGAGCGUGACCGACGCCUGCAUGAGAGGGACUUGCAGUUGAUGCAAACUUUAGAAGUUAUGCAAAGUGAGAUUGUUAGUUUGAAACAAAAAUAUGAAACCAUACCCAAAACGGUGCAAGAAUUAAGCGAAAGAGUAGAUAGUGUUCAAGUGGCUAACGCCAAUAUAGUAGAGGAAAUCAGUGUCCUGACUAAUAGGGUCGAACAACUAGAAAUUGACACAACUCAAGUAAUUGAGAACAAAGUGAUCGAACAAGUGCACAAAGUAGAAAAUGAAGUCAUAAAAGAAAUAGAUCAGAAAGUGCACGCCAUAGUAGAGGAAAUCAGUGUCCUGACUAAUAGGGUCGAACAACUAGAAAUUGACACAACUCAAGUAAUUGAGAACAAAGUGAUCGAACAAGUGCACAAAGUAGAAAAUGAAGUCAUAAAAGAAAUAGAUCAGAAAGUGCACGCCGCAAUUGAGGCCAGAGAUGUGGGCUCAAGUGCGGAUGUGCAAGAUCUAAAAAGGAUAGUGCACAAAGACAUUCCGCUGUGGCAGCGGAGUGUGGACCGUCGCCUUGCCGAGAUGGAGCUUAGCUUGCGGCAUGACGAGGCACGGGCGUAUGUCACGCCAGCCAGGUCCAAGAAUGAUAGGCAUAUAAAUACUGCAGUAAAAAAUUGCGACUGCGAGACAGAACAGGCAACCAAUCUGGCGCACGUGUCCAGCCCUGCGCGCGACCUGGCAUACUUACUGUACGCGAACACGGACCUGGACGUGCACGAGCGCCUGCCUUCACUGCUGGAGACCUACCACUCACAGCUGCAGGCGUCGCUGCGCGCGCUGGGGAUGCCAGCUUCAGCGGCCGCCUACCCGCUGGACGAACUGCUCAGGGACAUGGAGGACCUGAAGCACUUCGCUCUGUACGCCUCGAGCUGCAGUGGUUUCACACUCUCCUCGGGGCGCGUCGGAGACAAGUUCUCGAGAGCUCUGUGGGACUCCAUUUUUCAAGCAGACACGUUUUACGGUAUCUAUGACAACGAGUGUUCCCGGCCAUACAUGGAAUACAUCAUCCGCCACUUUGAGAGUAAGGGGCUCCUGUGA